AUGGAAGACUUCACUAAAAAUAGCAUUGAUGAAUAUGUUGAUGAAGAAGAAAGAAAUUUUAUAGAGCAGCGCGAGAUGCUAAUACAAGAUAUAGACCAAACCAUGAAAUCUAUUUUAAAGAAUUUGGGUACCUUUAACGUCAUACUGGAGAAUAUAAACGAUAUAGGUAAAGAUUUUGAAAAUGUUACAAAAUUGUGGGAAUUUUUUUACACUGGAUUACAACAAGGGCAAUCGCAACAGAUAGAAGAAGAGGGAAAUGAAAGGAAACAGGGGAAUGAAGAUCAAAUUAUCAUAUAA